AUGUGUGAUAAUGAUAACUCAGAAGGUCCAAGUGAUCAACCUUGUGCAAAGAAAGUGAAACUACACUAUGGCAUACUACCAAGUCAUCAUUCCCAACAAUCAUCACAAGGAUCACAAAAUAUUAUUGUUGAAACUGGACGCUACCCUGAUCAAGUAUACAAUAGUAAAAGAAAACGUCAAAAACAAUACAGGGAGCGGAACAGAGAAAAAUUGAAACAUCGUGAAGCGGAAAGAAGAAAGCGUAUACAAUCUUCACAAAGCAUUAUCGGACCGUCUACCUCUUCAAACUCAAAUAUAAUGGAAGUAAAUAAUGAAAAACCAUUACCAUUUUCUGUAAGAAAUUCGUAA